CCCAUUUAAGGGCUGAUUACCGGGGGGAAGGAUCUCUUCUGGAGAUCCGUCUUUUGGAGUUUUGCAGCAAGCUCAGGACAUGGGACAGUAACGAUGGGGGCUCGAGCAACGGAAACAACUCGGGAACUGGAAAGCACCUCUAUAAAGUAUCAAAUAGGAGGACAUGCAGAGAAAAUGUGGCAGCGGCUCAAAGGAAUAUUAAGAUGCUUGGUGAAGCAACUGGAGAAAGGUGACAUCAAUGUGGUAGAUUUAAAAAAGAACAUUGAAUAUGCAGCAUCUGUGCUGGAGGCAGUUUAUAUUGAUGAAACCAGGAGGCUUCUGGACACUGAGGAUGAACUCUCGGACAUCCAGUCGGAUUCGGUCCCGCUGGAAGUGCGAGACUGGUUAGCUUCUACAUUCACAAGGGAAAUGGGAAUAGUGAAGAGGAGACCUGAAGAAAAGCCCAAAUUUCGAAGCAUUGUGCAUGCUGUACAGGCUGGGAUUUUUGUAGAAAGGAUGUACCGGAGAACUUCUAGCAUGGUUGGUUUGGCUUACCCAGCAGAAGUGAUUGUAACAUUUAAGGAUGUUGAUAAAUGGUCUUUUGACGUAUUUGCCCUAAAUGAAGCAAGUGGAGAACACAGUCUGAAAUUUAUGAUGUACGAGCUGUUCACCCGAUAUGACCUUUUGAACCGUUUCAAGAUCCCUGUUCCCAAUCUUAUUACAUUUGCUGAAACUCUUGAGGUUGGUUACAGCAAAUACAAAAAUCCAUAUCACAACUUGAUCCAUGCAGCUGAUGUUACUCAAACUGUGCAUUACAUAAUGAUUCAUACUGGUAUCAUGCACUGGCUCACAGAACUGGAAAUUUUAGCAAUGAUUUUUGCAGCUGCCAUCCAUGAUUAUGAACAUACGGGGACCACAAACAAUUUUCAUAUUCAGACAAGGUCAGAUGUUGCAAUAUUGUACAAUGAUCGGUCUGUUCUUGAAAACCAUCAUGUAAGUGCUGCUUAUAGACUAAUGCAAGAGGAAGAGAUGAACAUCCUGACAAAUUUAACCAAAGAUGACUGGAGGGAGUUGCGUAGCUUGGUCAUUGAGAUGGUCUUGUCAACAGAUAUGUCGGGUCAUUUCCAACAAAUUAAAACGAUGCGGCAUACUCUACAGCAGGCAGAGGGGGUAGACAAAGCCAAAGCCAUGUCUUUGAUUCUACAUGCAGCAGACAUAAGCCAUCCAGCAAAAUCCUGGGAACUGCACUACCGGUGGACCAUGGCCCUGAUGGAAGAAUUUUUUCGACAGGGAGACAAGGAGGCUGCUUUAGGUCUUCAGUUUUCCCCACUCUGUGACCGCAAGUCUACUUUGGUAGCUCAAUCCCAAAUCGGUUUCAUUGAUUUCAUAGUAGAACCAACAUUUUCUCUUCUUACGGACUCAAUGGAGAAAAUUGUUAUGCCUCUUAUAGAGGAAGCAUCAAAAUCUGAAAGUCCUGCAUUUGGGACACCCGGCCAGAAUAGUUUGGGAGCAGUAAGCAAUGUUGAUGCGCAAAGACGACACAAUUUUAGAAGUACAGCAAGUGAUGGAGCAGCUCACACAGAAAAUUCCCUAGCAACUGUAGACCUAAGAAGCUUUAGGGACAACUUGAUGCAGAUAAUUCAAGCAAACAAAGAAAGAUGGAAGGAAUUAGCAGUAGAAGAAGAACUUGUGAAAAAUGUUGAUGAACAGAAAAAAGACCAGAGCAGAAAUUCCACAGAUGCACAGUUACAGGAAGAGACAAGAAGCAGACAAAAUGAGAGUAGUCAGGGAAGUGAUGGUACAGCCUGUCCUCCCAGACCCAUCGUCCUACAAGUAGUCACUUCCAACACUGCUCUGAGUGAUGAAUCCAACUCAGAAAAAUGCACUAACUCUGAUCCGAACCAGAAAGAUCUCACCGAUGCCCAGCAAGAAACACAGAAUACAGACCCACUGAAUGGUGAGCCUACACACUGUAAGCAAACAGAAGAUAUAGUAAAAGCCACGGAACAGAAUCAAGCACUGAAGAAAAGAACACUGUUCCUACCUCCAUGCUCUCAGAGGCUGUUGUCUGUCAACUUACUCUCAGAUCAUCUUGUUUCAGUGGAGACUGGGCAGAAGGAUCAAAAGUGUAAAACAUCAAACCCUGAGCUGGGAACUCAACGCACCGAACAACUCUCAAGACUUUGUCAUAUUUGUUGUUGCUUUUCCCUUUUCUAUUCUGCUUUCUACAACUGGCCAAAAUAAUUUUUCCAGCCAAAGUUGGACCUUGCUUUGUUGCAUCACUGACACCAGCUGUUUCCAAGAGACAUGUGAAAACAUGUUAAAGAUCAUCUGCACUGGAUUGCUGUUCCGUGUCACUGCCACUGGCAUCUAAUGGAAAUGGAAAGCCAAAACAAAAUACUGUUACAGACACUUGUUCAUGCAACCAUGCUGCAUGCAACAUGAAAGUUCUACUUGUUAGCUUCCUUAAAAUAUCUGGAAAUGUAAGUACGUGGACUGGGCAGGAAGUCAUAGAGUUGUACUAUCUAUCCUGCAUGAAUAAUGACUCUUUCCCAUGUCUGCCACAGGGAGGGAGAUGGUGUUUAACAAAUCAGUAUUGGAAAUAUCACCCAGUAUUAUGAUUCAAACAUACUCAGCUCCACAGUGUUUGUCACAUGUCAGCACUGGUGUCAGCACUGGUGUCAGCCCUACUACGAAGCUGGCGCUUAUGAUUUCAAAAGCAGAUGAGGCUGCUACACAAAUACACAAAAAUUGCUGCCCUCCAGCAACGCAUAGUGUUGCCUCUCAGACAGAACUGGAAGGUAAUAUUGAGGCCUUAUAUAAUGAGUUUGCUCAAAUGAAAAGGUGACAGCAUGGAUCCGACGAAGUCCUCCCUUUGCUUUGUUCAAACACCAGAGCAUCUUUUUCUGAGAGGCAGCACAAGUGGAGCACACAGGCACUUACCUCUGCCGGAUAUCUUGGAAUGAGCCCUGCAGCCCAGCUGUGCCCAGAAGAGGCUCCACGUUCAUCUCUGCUCCUGCUGAGCCUCAUGGGACCUCGUGCAGCCUGCACCCAACCUCACUUCCCUCUGUUGCGGCCAACAAGGAACGUUCCUCUCUCCCUUCACCUUUUACUCUCCUGGUUAACUUGGGUCACUGCGUUCCAUUUUUUGGAUCCUGUAUUACCUCAAUAUGACCAAGACUGCAGUACGCCAUGGGCCACACAGAGGCACGCUUGUGGGGCAGCAUUCCUCCCUGCUUUGCAGAGCCCUGGGUGCUCAUCCACUGCUUCAGGAACCUAAUUAGAGCUCCCAUGUACCACAGGCUCAGCCUCCAGAGAAUGCGUUUUGUCCUGGCUGAAGAAGGAACAGUAAACCAGCCACCCCACACGUAGGGGCACGUGCUUCUCUCUUCCUUUGACUGUCUCCUUUCUGACAGCAGAUCAUUGCAAUCGAGCUGGGAACAAUAUGAGCUCUGAGCCCUGGAAUAAGGGCAUGCCAAAAGGUGGAAUUUCUGUCGUUGAAUAUGUAAGCCAUAUACACACUAUGCACAGUUAGAGUGUGUAGUUUUAACUUAAGAAAUGUUUGUGCAUAUAGGUUGUAAAAAGUGCAUUUAAAUUGUCUUGUGUAUCUGGUCCAGGGCUUGUAUUUGGCAUGGACAAAGUUCUGUACAGUGCAGCUGAAGAAUGAAAUGUUAACAAACGAAAUUGUAUCAUAUAUGUUAUAAUGCAAUUGAUAUUUUUUGCUAAGAGUUAAGAAUUUAUAUAUUAUGGCAGUGUUCGAGCAAAUCCUUAGUAGCCUGGAUCACUCCGUGCACCUCUGAAUCCAUUAUGGGGAAUGUUGGACACAUUUUUUUCUUUAUAAUGAAAUAUUUCUUAUUGUUGUUGCACCAAAAAAGAGACAUCAUUUAUAUCACUUUUUUUUUCCUCAUUGCAAAUUGCCAUAUGCUGUGACAGUAGAAAACUUUCCUGUUUAAGAUCUGAUAUCUUUGGUAUUAUCUCUUUUCUUUCCAAACAAGGGAUCUUAUUUCAGAUAUGUUGAGCAUCUGCAGUUCCGGCCAAAUUUUAAAAGUGCAAAAAUUGAGAGAGAUAUUUAAAAAUAAGGCCAGCUAUGUCUUUGUCUGUAACAGUGCAUUCAUCAGCAUUGUGAUUUAUCAUUCCCUGAAACCAAAACUUUGGAGCCAUCCAAAUUUAAUGUUUGUAUUUACUUUCAAUUUCAGACUUCUACCAUAGCUGAACUUGACUUUUUCUUUAUGUGAUUGAUAUACUAUACGAAAAUCUUCUUCUGGAAAUACAAACAGAACUUGCAGAACGCUGGGAGCAUCCUGUGGGGCUUUUGGUGUCCUGUUGUCCUUCAGAAGGUAGGAGGAGCUCCUGAGCUCAUAGAAGGCACUCAGUGCCUGCUCAACUCUUCAUUCAUACAGAAAUGUAUAAAUAAUUCUACUUCUUCAUUUUUAUACAGUCUUAAUCACUGUGGUAGGUGUUACUGAAAUAGAAGAGUCCUUAGUUUUCCUUUAAAGCCAGAUAACUCUCUUUCUUUCUUCCUUUAUUCUUAGCAAGGUUUUUUUCCAGACAUGACCCAAAGCUUAGUGUGUUGUUUGGAUGAGGAAAAUUUAGUUUGGCUGAGGAGACCAUAAUCGUUGUGUGUCAGUUAAGGCUUUGAUCUUGUAUGGAAUUCACACUCAGAUGGCAGAGCAGCUUCCUGUGGGGGGCCUCUCCUGGGCAGGACUUUCUCUGAACCCCAGAAGGCUGCACUACCAAAGCAUUGCAUGGGGCCAUAAGAACUGGUGUUUAUAUCUGCAUCUCUCCCACAGCAUUAUGGGCAUGUACCCCUGCAUUGAGCACACUGAGGAGCUGUAGCUUUAGAUUAGCCCUCAAAAUUUUUAUUUUGUACUUUUAUCUUGAGAUAUCUGAUAAAUAUAUUAUGUAAUAUUGUUAUGGUUUAUGAUCUAGCCAGUAUUUUUUUUAUUUAAUUUUCAACAAGCAAUCUACAACUGUGUGUUUCUAUUCUGCUGUAUUUGUCCGUAUUUCCUAUGAUGAUAUUCUUAAAUAAAUUUGAUUUGAGGGCAAAGAUCA